AUGGCAUCCUUUAGAUUUUGUGCAGAAUGCAAUAAUAUGUUAUAUCCUAAAGAAGAUAAAGAAGGUCAAAGAUUACUUUAUGCAUGUCGUAAUUGUGGAUACACUGAAUUAGCAGAAAACCCUAAAGUUUAUCGUCAUGAAUUGAUUACUAAUAUAGGUGCUACUGCAGGUGUUGUUGAAGAUAUUGGGAAUGAUCCCACUUUACCUCGAUCAGAUAAAGAAUGUCCGGAUUGUGGACAUCAUGAAUGUGUGUUUUUCCAAAGUCAACAACGAAGAAAAGAUACAAGUAUGAUCUUGUUUUUUGUUUGUUUGAAUUGUAAACAUGUUUUCCAGGCAUAA